CUCAAUAAUGGCCUGGAGGGUCCAAAAUUGGAGGAGGUGAUAGCUUGAGGUGUGUUGAGAUGGAUGCUGAUGAAAUAUCAAUGGUGCAGGGCCUGGGGGAGGCCUGGGAGGGCCAAAUGGUGGUGUUGCAGGCUGUUUGCAGAGGAUCUGACCAGAAAAUUCUGCAAUUGAGGGGCAGAACAGUCAACAGGACUGCACCUGGGCUGCACUCCACAACCAGAAGGCUGGAGGGUCUGAAAAUGGAGGGAAUGGCUCUUGGGAGUGUGCUGAGAUGAAUUCUGAUGGAUUUGGGAUGCCAGGAGGCCUGGGGAACAAUAUAGGUGUCGACCAGAAGUUGGUGUUGGU